AUGAACGUCCUUAAAAAUAACAGUUGAUUUGAAUUGCAAUGCGUCCUAGAGCGCACAACGCCGGUAUUGCGCAUGAAUAAUCCAGCCUAUGGGGAGACGGAAUUCAGCACCACAAGUGCUGACCGCCGGAGACAGUGCUUGUUUCUGUGUGUGUGUGUGUGUGUGUGUGUGUGAGAGAGAGAGAGAGAGAGAGAGAGGAGUUCUCCACUGCCGCCCUCUGAUGAAACACUCACAUGCCUAAGAACCUCUUCGCUGGGAUCAUGUUUUCCAACUUAUUUAUGUAGGCCUUGUUACUUAGAAAACAAAUCAAUUAGCGGUACAACAAGCCUAAAACAUCGAAAUCUUAGCCUAUAGUUAGAAUUAAUUUUACACGAUAAAACACGAGAAAGAAGUUUGCUUCAGCUGAGAUAAGUCUGAGCCGGAGUCAGGAGUUUGCAAGUAAGACGAUGCAAGUAUAGCCCUAGUUCCAUGUCCUUUUUGCGUAAAUAAAUGGAGAACUUCACUUCAACCAACCACACGCUGGGCCCCUGGACGGACUACAGUUUAGAAUACAAGGUAAUCAGCGCUCUUCUGGUGCUCACCAUUUGCGUAUUGGGGAUGGUUGGGAACGUGAUGGUCAUCUUGGUGGUGCUCACUACGAAGCACAUGCGCACUCCAACCAACUGCUACCUGGUGAGUUUAGCCGUGGCGGACCUGACGGUGCUGACGGCCGCCGGGCUGCCGAACAUCGCGGACAGCGUGUACGGCUCGUGGGUGUUCGGCCACGCCGGCUGCCUCGGCAUCACCUACUUCCAGUACUUGGGCAUCAAUGCGUCGUCGUGCUCCAUCACCGCGUUCACGGUGGAGAGGUACAUCGCCAUCUGCCACCCGAUCAAGGCGCAGUCGCUGUGCACGUACGCGCGCGCCAAAAGGAUCAUCCUGGCCGUGUGGCUUUUCACGUCGCUCUACUGCGUCAUGUGGUUUUACCUGAGCAAUACGAAAGAGCUCGUGUAUGACGACGUGACCGUCGUGACCUGCGAGUACAGAGUGUCCCGGGAACUUUACUUACCCAUAUACUUCUUCGACUUCGGCGUGUUUUUCGUGCUGCCGCUCGCGCUCGCGAUCGUCCUGUACGGACUCAUCGCGAGAAUUCUGUUCCUGAACAUGUUACCGAAACAGAAGGUGAAGAACGGGCAGUAUGGUUCCGGUAUCAAACACUCUGUUCAGUGCUCGAGCACCACAGCGGCCUCGCGCAGACAGGUGAUAAAGAUGUUGGCAGUGGUCGUGGUUCUCUUCGCAGUGCUCUGGAUGCCUUACCGCACCUUGGUGGUAGUCAACUCUUUCUGCCAGGAGGCUUACUUGGACACCUGGUUCCUGCUUUUCUGUCGCACUUGUGUGUAUCUGAACAGCGCCAUCAAUCCUGUUAUCUACAAUGCCAUGUCCCAGAAGUUCCGCACUGCAUUUAAGAGGCUUUGCAGAUGCAGGUCUGCACAGGCAAAGCAGACAGCCUACAGUGUGGCCCUGACCUUAAGUACUGCUAAAGAAACAUCCAUGAUCGAGAACACAGAGCAUUUUUCAACAGAGUUGGAUGAUCUCACAGAAGAGCCAAAUGAUCUAAGAGAUGAACUGGCACCAAACUAGAAGUUUCAUGACUGAAAUACUGUAGCUGGCUGAGUGAUAUUUAAUCAGGGAAUAUUUACAAACAAUAGAAUCAAAUAUUUACAUAUAAAAUAUGUAUAAUACACUCAUUAUCCACCUGUACACCUGCUCAUUCAUGCAGUUCUUUUGCUGUUCUGUCCAUCCACCUCAAGGUUCAACAUGUUGUGCAUUCUGAGAUGCUUUUCUGCUCAUCACAGUUGUAAAGAGUUGUUAUUUGAGUUACCGUAGCAUACCUGUGAGGUCAAACAAGUAUGGCUAGUCUUCUCUGAUCUCUCUCCUCAACAAGGCAUUUCCACUCACAAAAACACCGGUCAGUGGAUGCCUUUUGCACCAUUCUGUGUAAACACUAUAGAAUGCUGUGUAUGAAAAUACCAGGAGAUCAGCAAUCUCUGAAAUAUUUAAACUGACACGUCUGGGCUAGGUCAAAGUCACCGAAAUCACAUCUUCUCCUGAUUCUGAUGUUUGAUGUGAAAAUUAACUGAAGAUCUUGACCUGUAUCUGCAUGAAUUUAUGCAUUGCACUGUGCCACAUGAUUGGCUGAUUUGAUGAUUUCAUGAGUGUGCAGGUGUAUAGAUGUUCCUAAUAAAGUGGACUGUGAGUGUAUAUUCGGAUAAUGUCACAUGUAUAUGUACAGUCCAUAAAUGUUUACUUAAUUCCUGAACCAUAACCACAACACUUUAAUGUCAAAAAUUUGAGUGAAACUGCAUUUGUUUUUUUUUUGUUUUUUUGCAAAAUGUUGACAUUAAUAUGAUGUGGGGUGGCAGGACACAUUUUAUGGUUCGUAUUUGUGAGUAAGAGUUUACAUCAGAAAAGGCAGACCUGAUUUAUUAAAAGCUGUCUAAGGAGAAUCAAAACGUUUUCCAAAACCACUGAAACGCACCGAUUGACAUCAGGAUGAGUUUUCAUCUCCCUUUCUGAAUAAGAUACAGUCUCAGAAAACAAUAAUACUAAACUGUACCUUUCCUUGUCACUGGGGUGGUACUCUCAAGGAUACAUAUUUAGUACCUUUAUAUUUGUAUAUUUCACAUGGAAAACUGGAUAUUGUGUAACUUUUAAAACUAUACUACAUACACUGAUCCAGGUAACAGGAGUAUACCACCCCAGUGACGGGUACAGUUCAGUACCCGUUUUCCUGAGAGUAGGUGUGUAACACAAGGCUGCUGUCUGUAUAUGUAUCUGUUUAUUGUUCCAAAUAUUUUAUCAGUAUUUUGAUUGAAACAAAUACUGGACCUAAACCUGUGGGGUUUUUUUAUUUCAUUUAUUUUUGUUUGUUUAUUUUUUUAUUUUUAUGAAAUAUGAAACCUAUCACUAUGCCUCCUGAAACACUGUAAACACUAGAACGAUCUUCUGGAAGGAACUGGAAAACUGGAGAAAUCUCCUCACCUCAUCACUAGCGUUUAUAAUUGGCCUCAACUGAAGAUGCGCACUGGACAGUUUUUAAUCCCAGUCACGCAGAUUUUAUUUUUUGUACCUGCCCGUGAUACUUUGGAACACAUUUACUUUUUUCUUCUUCUUCAUGUUAAUGAAUGUGGUCUUUAUUUGAGCCUCGUAUCGGACAACUCGCUUGAGGCUGCAUGAAAGUAAAAACUACCUACUUGUGCAACUUUUUUGUUGCAUUCUGCAGGAUUCCAGUUCUGAUGCACAACUGUAGUCUCAAUCAGAUGCCCUGUGUACUCUUCUGACAAGCUUUCAAAAAAAAAAAAAAGAAUGAUAGAGCAUUUCCUAUUUGUAUUUAUUUGUAUUUAUGUACAAUUCAAAUAAUGUAUUCAGUUACAUCCCUAUCUGAGAGUGUAUAAAAAUUUCCAAUAAAUUGUAUUUCCAUCAUCUGCUUUUAUGUACGCUCCUAUUCAGUGCAGUCGUGCUUUAUUCUUAAUGACAGUAAUGGAGCAAUGGAGUUACUGUUCAUAGUGGCGCUGUCUUGUUGUUUGAAAUAUGUGUUUGUAUGAAGUCUGCAGUACAGUGUUUGCAGCUAUGCAUCAACAUGCCCUGAUUAAUAAUAGACAUAUAAUGAGUUAUGUUAAGCAUCGGUUAAGAGCUUCAGAAGACUUUACCAAAAGGCAGAAAUGUAAAUGACACCCAAACAUUAGUCACUAUGAUUAAGAAGCAAAUUUACGAACAUGGAACCACUGUGUAACAUUUGUAGAAAAAAAUUUUCUUUUCUUUUCCUUUGAACUAACAUUUGUGUGUUUAUAAAUGUUUUGUGUUUGUAAGUGAUUUUGCCAUUUGCUGCUCAAGAAAAAUGCUGACGUCUAUAGUGCAUGUUGCUUUUACUGAGCUUUGUAAAAUGUGUUAAAUUAUUGGGUCAUUGAAGGAAUGUAAUUAGUGUUAAUAUGAAAUGACAACGUGGACAUUGUGCAGGUGUUUCUGUAAUUUGUGUAAUGUGGUUGCACUACAAACAUCCUGAAUCCCCCCCCCCCCCCCCCC